AUGACUUUCGCAGAGUUGCAAAGGCUCAACGCAGACCUCUGCCCUGGAAGCAUCGUGUGGUUCUGGGUUCUACCCGUUGAGUCUGGGUCAGUCGGCCUUUGGCAUGUCGUGUCGUUCCAGACCUCCAAAUCGGGCGCCUGCGUUUACCAACACCUGCCAACUGCGGCCUACUCAAAUGCUUUGGGACCCGAUAAAAAGGAGGUUCCGCUGGAAAGGUUUUCCGUCAACGAUCGGGUUGACGAUGGGAACUUGACAUGGCCAAGACGGCCCUAUUAUGGCAGCCGAUUGGAAUUUGCUCCGGCUCGGUCGCGCACUGUGGUCCUUUCCGACGUCCAGUAUCAAGAUCAAGAGUACUGGCAUCCGAUACCAGAGCCUCAUCAGCAUCAUGAAGCUUCCUCCUUUGAAGCCAUGCUACUUAGAGGUACAGGUAUCGAUGACAGGCGGCAGCGCCAACACAAUGCCAAGAACCCCACUCCGCUCAUUUUACGCGCGUCCCCCACUGCGCCCAUGCCGGCAUCCCGCAUCCGCUUAUAA